AUGAAUUUGUUUAAGGGAAUGACGGAGAGGGAUGUGAGGAUAUGGAGUGUGAUGAUUGGCGGGCUUGCUGUUAAUGGUCUUGCAAAUGAAGCCCUUGAUCUCUUCAGAGAAAUGCAAAGGGAUGGGAUUCAUCCAGAUUCUAUUACCUUCACGAGUGCUCUAUGUGCCUGUAGUCAUGCCGGCAUGGUAGCCGAGAGUUUGUUAAUUCUAGAUAAAAUGAGUAAAGUGUAUAAUGUGGAGCCCACGAUCGAGCAUUACGGAUGUAUCGUUGAUCUCUUAGGGCGUGCUGGACUUCUAGAGGAUGCUUUGGCCUUCAUUAAGAGAAUUCCAAUUAAGCCAGAUGUUGUUCUAUGGGGUUCUCUCCUUGUUGCUUGUAGGGCUCAUAAGAAUGUGGAGAUGGGAGAAAUGGUGGCUAAGGAGAUGCUCAAAUUGGAUCCUCACCAUUGUGGAGCCCAUGUUUUUUUGUCCAAUGUAUAUGCCUCCACUGGAAGGUGGGCCCAAGUUGAAGAGGUGAGGAGCUUCAUGAAAGAGCAAAGAAUUAGGAAACAACCGGGGUCUAGUUUAAUGGAGUUGAAUGGUGAUGUUCAUGAAUUUAUAGCAGGAGACCGAUCUCACCCCCAGAUAGGUCAAAUACAUAGGAUGUUGGAUGAGAUUGCCAGGCUUCUGAGUCUUGAAGGUUAUUUACCAGCUACCAGGGGAAUUGCCUUGGAUAUAGAUGAGGAAGAGAAAGAGCAGGCCUUGUCUCUACAUAGUGAGAAGUUGGCUGUUGCUUUUGGAUUGAUUAACACCAAACAAGGGGCUGUCCUUCAUAUUGUAAGAACCUAA